AUGUCAGACAAUAUUUUGGAGGAAUAUGGAACUUGCUUUGUUGAUAAGAAGAUACAGCUGUGUAAGAAAGCAGCAAUACCUAGAUUUACAUCAGUUAUAUGGAGAUUACCUAAUGACUCCAUAGAAUGUGUAACUUUGGCCUUAAGUAUGAUAAUACAACUGAUUAAAUCUGAGCUUUACUCUUAUUCGUGGUAUUGGUAUAAUCAUCUAAUUGUAACAUUACAUAAAGAUGAUUUUCUAGAUGGAAAAAGUAGUAUAAACUUAUCAAAUGAGGCAAAUGCAACAGAGUUUAAGUCACACAAGGUUGAGUUAGGAAAUAUUGAUAACCUAAGUAGGGAAUACGAUAAAUAUCUUUUAUUUUCUGAAAAGGCUCAACAUGUUAGAGUACAAGAUGCCCGUAGGGGCCACUGGAAUAAAAUAAGCUCAUCGAAACACUUACACUGGUUAGGAGAGUUGACAUCAGAUGAUAAUUUAGCAGUACUCUAUACAAAUACUAAUAAUAAUUUAAAAGGACUCACAUGGACUGAGAGACUUUUGGAUAGAAUGGAAAUAUCUGUAACUAUGGUCCCAGAUGUAAACCAAUGUAUUGGGCAUGCAUUUGCUUUUGUAUUUAUACAAAAAGUUGUAGUUGAACCAUCUAGGAUAUAUGAAGCAAAGUUACACAAAUGUUUAGAUAAACUAGCUAACUUAGAUAAGUUCGAUAUGAAAUUUGGUCAAUCAGUGGGGCAUAGUAAAAGUAUUGAGAUAAACUUAAAAUUAGACUUUAAAUUAAAUAAUGAGAGUUCAUUGGGAAUAAUUAAAAAGGUUAUACCUGAAGUUGGGGACUAUAUAAUAAAGCUAACUCGCUUACAACGUAUAGGAACUCUUUGGUGUAAUGUAAUGCAUUCCAUAUCUGUAGGGAAUACAAGAAAAUUCCUCAAUAAUAUAUCUCCUGUAAUUGAAAAUCUCGUCGUUUCAUUAUCAAAGUGGCUACUUCACUUAGGCCAAUUAGUUGUAAUUAGAGAUAAACAUAUUACUGAGCUAAAUAGUUUAGGAAUUUAUAUGAAGAAUAAAUUCAAAUAUUCCGAAACCCUACCUAAUAAAAUCUUUGGGGAUCUAUACAAACUACUCAAUACUGCCUGGAGAAUUGUUACUGUAACUUCUAUAUUAGUUCCUUCAUCAAAAGAAGAAUUAAUUGACAUUGUGCAAAUUAAGUAUGGAACUACAAUAGAAGCUCUUAGGAAAGAUUCACUAGGCAAUACAAAUAAUAAGCAGUUAACUCAACUAUAUGAGACCUUUACAAUUAAUAAUAAAGCUAGGACAAAAAAUUUGAAACCAACAUUAUUGGUUUCUCUAUUUGAUACUUUAGAUGAUUACUGGAAUGCCUGCAUCUAUCUACACCCAAAACUUCAUAAUAUGUGCGCUAUUUCUAGAGAACUCCAGGAUAUAAUGAGACUCUUAGGUCUCCCAGGUACAAAUUCUUUGGAAUGGCCUAGAUUCUUAUCUUCAUCAGAAGCUUUAAUGAAAAAUUCUGGGGAUUUUCAUUCUGCAACUCAAGCAAUUAUACAAGGUUCUCUAAGUUGUUGUUCAAUUAACAAACCAACUUGGGACUUUAUUAAUUAUCAACAAUCCAAAUUCUGUGGGAUUGAUGUUGCUGCACCUACAAAUAUUUCCUCAAGCCUUUAUUCAAAUGAUAUUAUUGAAGAUCUUGAUUUUCAAAAUAUAUUAUAUAUAGCCCCACCCACAUCUUUAGAAUCUCAGACAAUACCUUUAUGCGGAAUUUGUGCUCUACCUGUCUCUACAGAAUCAGCUGUAUCUUCUCCAAUAGGUCGGGAACUUUCAGUGCAACUUCAGGCUUCUAGUUCUAAUCUAAUUCGAGGGAGAUGGUACCAUGAAAUAUGUAUGCAAUUACUUGGUUCACAAAUUGAUACUGAUGUCAAUUCUUCACUUGUAUUACCAAAAAUACUGGUACCUUGUAUACCUUAA